GGAGGGACGGCUCGUCAGUCUUUGUCCUUCCGGGCCCGGAUUGGCCCAAGAAGCUUUACUUGUAAUGAUAUAAACAUGUCUGCUGCUUCGCCUGGCUCGAACCGAUGUUCGCAAGCGGCUAUGCAGUUCUUCAUCAAACUGUGCAAAAACUCUCAUUAUGCAUUUGCCUGCGGUGUAGCAGAGCUAAAUCUUUAUCAUUGCUAGAGAAUAUGCACAUAGCUGCAACGUGCACGCGUGAGGAAAGAGGAUACCCUGCCUGCAGCCGCUGCAAGAAAGAGAGAGGGGACUCAGCCGUGCUUUCAUCAUUAUAAUCACCAUCCUAAGUGCUCGCUCUUAACAUUUUGUUUUUCGCUGUUCGGGCGAGAAGUGACAAGAGCAUAGACCCCUCCUCUGCAGGGCGGAGCGUGCAUUUUCAUUUCGGUAUUUUGUAUUUUUUAUUUAUUUUUUUUUCCUUCCUAUCCCUGUACCCUGCUCUGACACGUCUGCACUGAGUGAAUGGCAUUGGCACACUGUCAAUCGCUCACUAGCGCUGCCAUCAAACAACAUAAAACACACACAGGCAGAGGCUGGAGCUCAUAAAUUUCAGCAGGGCAAGAUAUUUUUUUGCGCAUCGCCUUUUAUACAGCGUUCUAUCGUAAUUAAUUUCGUCUCGCAACAAAAAAAAAAAACAAAAAAAAAACGCAACUUUUUCUACAUUUCAUAUUUUUUAUAUUAACAUUUGGACACCUUGUGCUGCAGAUUAUGUAUUUUUUUUAAAUACAGGAAACAUUUCUGCACAUUUACCUGAAAUUUAGCCUGAGAUUUUUUUAUUACUAUUAUUAUUUGUUUACAUAUUUCCACGUUGGAUAAUUUUCGUAAAGGAGGAUUUGGACAUUUUGAAGAGGAAAUGCGCCGGGGAUUCUGGUGAAGAGACCACCAAGGACCAUUUCUUGUCUACACUACCGCUGUUAAAUCGCAGAGAGAGAGAGAGAAAAAAAAGACAGAUCGGUGCGAGGAUUUAGAGCGGGGAUAUGAUGGAGCGUCAAUUUUGACGAAGUUUCAAGAAGAAAGAUUUUUCUUUUUUCCGCAAAACAUUGCCACGCGUUUUGCGCACUUUGGACCGCGCGUAAAAGAAAGCAUCAAGAGGACUACUUCACACUAAAAUAUACAUGCUGCAGUUGUUUUUAUUUAAGAAACACGCGUCUUUAUUUCGCUGAACAAGCCCACCGCUUUUGCAUCCACCGAGUCUCUACGGCACAUGCUCUAGCCGAUUUCGUAUAUGAGUUUUUCAAUUUGUGUGGCUCAGUGCACAGACUCUUUAGCGGCUACCAUGGACGAUCAAGCCCGGAUCAUGCAGUCCAUCGGCGGCGUCAGUCUGGCCGGCCACUCGGUGCAGGGAGGCAUGUCGCUGCCGCCUCCGCACGGACACGACGGGACGGACGGGGACGGGAGGAAGCAAGACAUCGGUGACAUUCUGCAUCAGAUCAUGACCAUAACCGAUCAGAGUCUGGACGAGGCGCAAGCAAAAAACAGGAAACAUGGACUGAACUGUCACAGAAUGAAACCAGCACUCUUCAGCGUUCUCUGUGAAAUCAAAGAAAAGACAGGUCUCAGCAUCCGGGGUGCCCAGGAGGAGGACCCUCCAGACCCCCAGCUCAUGCGUUUAGACAACAUGCUGCUGGCAGAGGGAGUGGCAGGACCGGAGAAAGGUGGCGGAUCCGCUGCAGCCGCAGCGGCAGCUGCAGCCUCGGGCGGAGCGGCCGACAACUCCAUUGAACAUUCUGACUACAGAGCCAAACUCACACAGAUCAGACAGAUCUACCACACAGAGCUCGAGAAAUACGAGCAGGCAUGUAACGAGUUCACCACCCAUGUGAUGAACCUGCUGAGGGAACAGUCUCGCACGCGGCCCAUAUCGCCCAAAGAGAUUGAGCGCAUGGUGGGAAUAAUCCACCGCAAGUUCAGCUCCAUCCAGAUGCAACUGAAGCAAAGCACCUGCGAGGCUGUCAUGAUCCUGCGCUCCAGAUUCCUUGAUGCCAGGCGAAAAAGGAGAAACUUCAGCAAGCAGGCAACAGAAAUUUUGAACGAAUAUUUCUACUCGCAUCUCAGCAACCCAUACCCGAGUGAGGAAGCUAAAGAGGAGCUGGCCAAGAAGUGCAGCAUCACCGUUUCCCAGGGGGUGGGAAGCACCAUCACAGUAUCACAGGUAUCCAACUGGUUCGGCAACAAAAGGAUCCGGUACAAGAAAAACAUUGGCAAGUUUCAGGAAGAGGCCAACCUGUAUGCCGCCAAGACUGCUGUGAAUGCGGCGCAUGCUGCAGCCGCUGCAGUGCAGAACAGCCAGGCCAACUCCCCCACCACUCCCAACUCUGGAUUCCAGAUGAAAGAUGAAGAGUUUCAACUGGAUUCUGCAGAGAGCAAAAACACUCUUUUAAGCAACAUGUUUACUGGUUCUUCAGGUUCUUUUAGCCUCCCAAACACUGGGGACAUGUUCUUGAGCAUGCAGAGUCUGAAUGGGGAUUCUUACCAAGGGGCACAAGUCGGAGCCAAUGUACAGUCACAGGUGGAUACCCUGCACCAUGUUAUCAGUCAGACGGCAGGAUACAAUGAUGCUCUAGGAAGAAACACCAUUUAUAGCCCACAUGGUCUAAAUGCUAAUGGAGGAUGGCAAGAUGCAAGGACUCCAUCUUCUGUGAUCUCUCCUACAGAAGGUCCUGGAAGUGUGCACUCGGACACCUCAAACUGAAAAAUGCAUCUUCCCCUGCAGCGCAGCAUGGACUUUUUUAUUUCCUGUAAAACAGAAGAGAAAAAAAAAAUCCUUAAGAUUUUCUGUGACUGCAGCGCACACGUGCACAUGGCAUCCUCCAUUAUGGACACCAAAAGUUUCCUGAUCGCUUAGUGUUUUCUUUCAUGAAUCAAUUGUAAUCACCAUGCUUUUUUCUCGUUUGUUGUAGUGGUGAACACAGACAUGUAAAAAUACAAACAGCCCUCCAACAUCACUGGGCAAACUUUCAGGAUAAUUAUCUCUUGCUCUGCUCAAAAUAACAGGAUGACAUUUUAUGACAUUUUAAACGCCCGCUUGUUCGAUUCUUGAUUUGAUUGCCGCUCUCCAUUUUGAUAAUUGAGCCCUCUCUUUCGUUUCUUUCAAUUAAUGCAGCUGUUUCCUUUGACUCUAAUGUGCUUGCUGCCUUGUCCGGCGACUCGACAAUGCUCACGCUGACAGCUCGGUGGCAGCUUUGCGGUUACUUUUCAAGAUUUAUUUUUGUCUCACAGCUGUGUACAUGACUGCGAGAAAAUGACUUUCAAACAGUGGAACGUAAAGAUACAUGAUUGAUCACUUGACUAAAACGUGACACAGUUCCAUAUUUUAUAAUUUGACGUUUUGUUGUACAUAUGUAAACAUUUUUUUUACUGCUUAUGGAAUCAACAAAGCUCCCCCCACAGUAGAUCAUCCUGACACGGCACACAGGAGCCCGCCCCAUUAUGCUGGAAACGUUGUACAUAAUAUAGCUUAAGAGUAAUUAAACAUCCAACCAAUCAAUACGCCACUUUCUUACCUCAUUCAUAGAAACCAGUCAUUUGCAUCAUUUCCGUAGCUUAGAGUGCUCACUUACUACCUCUAAACAAGAUCACCGCCAUACUUUCUUAGUUUUCUUUUCUUUCUGGUCCUUAUUUAAUGAUUUAAUCUACUUAUUUUGAUUACAUCUCGCAACAGUGUAAACUCUUCAUUCCCUAUGUAAUCUAAUGUAUAUUUUAAUCUUUUAAUAAAAUUGCGUUGCUGUACUGCAACUUAAAAUGAAACAAAAAAUAAAAAUAACAAUAUUAACACAAUGGGGGAAAAAAGAUGGGGAUAGGGGGAAGAAAUUGUUGGUUGAUGGCUUUUAUCGAGGAAGGUGGUAAACAACAAACAGUAAAACUGUUGUAAAUAUCGAAGAAAAAAAAAACAUUUUGAAUGUUGCUCAUCUUGUUACUAAAUCAUUCAGAAAAAAGAAAAAAAAAUCACUAUAAAAAGUGUAAUGCAUAGAGGUUUCAGUAUUCAGACCUGUACGUUUUCAGCUCUGUUCAACAGAGUCCAAGACUUCUUUUUCUCUUUUUUUCUAUUGUAGGUGAUUCUGAAACUGAAAAAAAAGUCAUGACAAAUGAUUUGUGGCAGUGAUUCUAAUGUAUUAAAGAUGUUUAGUGUUACUUUCUAACCAGACUACACCCUGGACAGAAAAGUCUUCCUUGUGGUAGUUGUGUAAUUUCAAACAUGAAUAAACCUUUUUGCUUUCAUGACA